AUGACGACAGUUCAGUUCCCAAAACAGUGCCCUAAUUGUCGGAAAAGGGCACGACAACCCUGUAAGGUGGCAUUAAAAAGUUUAAACAGCGAAACGGAAUCUCUUCAAAUUUUUAUUGAAGAAGUACGUUCUCAUUAUGAGGUGCAUAAUACUUCUUUCAUGAGUAAUUCGUUUCCAAUGUAUGGACUUUCCCAAGAUCCCGAUACUAAAGAAUAUUUGAUCGUUAUGCCAUUCGUUGAGAAUGGUAACUUGCGUUCAUACCUCAAUCAAAACUUUCACGUAGCAGAUUGGGAAUUUAAACUCCAAUUGCUUUACAGUAUCGCGUUUCGACUCUCCCAUAUUCAUAGUCGGAAUAUGGUUCACAGAGAUUUACAUGGUGGGAACAUACUUGUGAUGAUUGAUAAAGAUGGCAAUGGAAGGGGGGAAAUAUCGGAUUUUGGACUCUGUCGCUCAACUGCAGAUAAUGUGGAAGAGGGAGAUGUCUUUGGUGUACUACCUUACAUUGCCCCGGAGGUAUUAAAAGGUGGGACGCACACCACAGCGGCCGAUAUUUACGCUUUCGGUGUAAUAAUGUGCGAAAUGACAACGGGACAGCCCGCAUUCUGUGAUCGCGCUCACGAUGUGUCACUGUUAAUUGAUAUCCUCAAUGGAACUCAACCUAAAAUCCUUGAUGACACUCCUAAAGAAUAUUAUCAACUGGCGAAACGUUGUCUUGAUUCUGACCCUGACAAUCGUCCGGGUGCGUGGGAACUUCGUAAUUUUUUUUCUAAUCGUUACGUAACCAAAAGCGUUCCUCCAGAAUAUCGAGUAGCGGAUGAACGCAAAAAGAAUAUCCUUCCUCAAAACUCUCAUCAGAUCUAUCACUCCGAUGCAAUUUACACGAGCCGUAAUUUGGGUUUUACUAAAUCUGUAAACCAACUAAAAAAUACGAAUCUGAAUCAAGAUAUAUUUGAUUCCAGUCAAGUUAAUCUGCAAAUUCCAGACGGAUUUUGA